AUGGUGUGUUUUCCUCAUUUAUUUGCAUUGCCUUCCAAGCUGGCAGGCAUUUCGUUUGAGAACCUGCUUUUAUUUGAUGUGGCCUAUUGCUUCAUUUGCAUUUUCAUCAUUCUGAUGCAAGUGCCACGCAAGAUUAUACGAGAGAAUGACAAGCUCCUUAUCGUUUUUUGUUGCAGGACACGAGUUGUCCCCAUCGAAUCUUUGGUUGAGAUCCGCAUCAUCCGACGUCGCACAUGCUGCGACAGACAAAGUCGGAUGUGCCUGUAUCCUUCAAAGUGCUUCUGGGGAUACCCAACAAACUUCGAGCGCAAUAUCAUCGUUGUGACCGACUCGACUUGCAAUAACUACUUCUUUUGCGUUCAUGAAAUGGAGGACUUCAUGGCGGACAAUUGGCCAGCAAACGACAUGGAAGCGGUGAAGGUCUGCGACCGUCCUGAUCCUGCAGUGCUUGGUACUGGUCAAGGCCUUUGA